UCUCGCUCGCGUUGCUCAGUUUGUUAAGGUAGGCUAGGCUAAACUAGGCUAGGCUAGGUUAGGCAAGGCAAAGCAAAGGAAAGACAGGCUUGGCCAGGCAAGGAUAAGCUGCUAGCAGUUAGGCUCAUCUUCUUCUUUGGCUCGGUUAGCUGCGAGAAAAGAGGCUGAAAUGUUUUGUCAAAGCGGCCUGUCGGCGGCUGUGCUGCUCGCGGUGCUGCUGGGAAGGAGUGAAUCUCUGAAAGAAGGAGAAUGUGAAGUGUGUGUGACGUUUUUGGGAAAGUUCUACCAGUCUCUUCAGGAGCUCAAAGUGGACUUCAACAGUGGUGACAUCGAGAAGGCGCUCCUGAAGAGCUGCAAUGAGGCCAAAGGGAAAGAAAAUCGUUUUUGUUACUACAUAGGGGCGACCAGCGAUGCUGCCACAAAGAUUAUCAACGAAGUGUCCAAGCCGCUCAGCUUCCACGUCCCCGUGGACAAAAUCUGUGAGAAGCUGAAGAAGAAGGACAGUCAAAUAUGUGAACUCCGAUACGACAAGCAGCUGGACCUAAGCUCGGUGGACCUGAAGAAGCUGAAGGUGAAGGAUCUGAAGAAGAUUCUGGAAGAGUGGGGUGAGUCGUGCAAAGGCUGCGCUGAAAAGUCCGACUUCAUCCGCAAGAUCACCGAGCUGAUGCCCAAGUAUGCCCCUGCCGCCGCCAGGACUCGGACUGACCUGUGAGGUCACAUUGACUCUGUAUACUUCUGUAUUACAUG